AAUCCUUUGAAUAACAAAACCUUUAUUCCAGCAGCGCAGUCCUUUAAAUUCAUGAAAUUUCAUAAGUUUCAAAGAAAUUAUUACAAAUUUUACAAUGGCUCGCGAUCACGAUAAGCAGAAAAGUGAUUUAUUCCAGUACCAGAAAUAAGUCUUGGUUAGAAAAUUUUGCGUUUUGAGGAAGGGGAAGAAAUCCAGGAAGUCGUUUUUGGUUGAUCCAGUUGUUUCAUGUUGGGGUCGGAUUGUGUGGUAGGAGGAGGGUCACUGAUUCAGUGCCACCCCACCACGACCCUCUUCCUUUGGAGGAGAAGGACGUCCAUCAUCAGUAUGUACCAUGUCUAACGCUGGAGGACAAAACGUUCCCCCUCCGAGUGGAGGACAAGGUGGAGGGAAUCUGGUACCACCACUCCCAGGUCUGGACAUCCCUCCCGGUCUCUCUUCCUCUUCUAAUCUCUCAGAAGAGGUCAAAAUGUCCAUUCGCUCCAUUUCCAGCGAGAUUACCAUCUUUGAAAUUUCCCAUGCCAUGCCGGAAAGAUCUGUCCCUCCUUGCACGGCGGGGUCAACUACCAUCACCACAAUUGGGCCUGUAUCGGCCAGUAGUGGUAGUGGGAGCGGGGGCUCCUCUUCAACGACGACGAUUAGCACCUCCGCUACAACUUCUACUUCUUCUACUAUUACUACUACUCAACAGCAUCAAAGCAGUUUAUCAGUUCGCCCAGGAUCUCAUCAGGGUGCUGUUGUUGGUGUUGUGGGUGGUGGAGCAUCUCUGUUUAGUUUAAAUAACAAACAAAUCCAGUUGCAGCCAAUUUCCAGCCCACUUAGUCGCUCACAACAAAUGGCGGCCCAAAGUAGAGGUCUAAGCAUUACUGCGAGUAAACAAGGUCCUCCGCCAUCGUCAACAUCGCCGUCGUCCUCGUCAUUACCAGCACCAAAGUUUACCAUGGGUAAUCAUCACUCUGCAAGGCGAUUACACGCAUCAUCAAAUAUAUCCCCUAUUUUACUCAACCAACAUCACAAAGUUACACUUGCUCCAGUACGAAGUAAUGUUUUCAGCAAGCUUCCCAUGCGGAAUACCUUGACAAAAUUCAACUCUAGUUUUGUGUCACAUCCGCACCACCACCGUCAUGGACAUGGACAAAUUAGUGGUGGGGGUGGUGGUCACUCCUCACCCGACGUGCGUUUCGACCCACUCAUGAUGCUAGAGACGAAAAUGGUCGAAGAAGAGACAGAAUUGAACUCUGUGAUAGAUACUAGUGCUGGUGCCCCAAAGAAACCCCUAUUGUUGUCCCAUGACGCAUUGAAGCAGCAGCAUUUAAAUAUGAAAAGAGCUCCCGUCAAUAGAUUUACACAGUUGCAACAACUCCAAAAAACACCCACACCUCCGCCCCCAAGAUCUCCGAAUUCUCAAUUCCAGCCAAAUCGGAGAAAAUCAGUUUUGAUUCAAUUAGUGGAAUUACCCGAUGAUAACGACGAUAUUAAGAUCGAGGAGCAGCAAGGACAUGAUCUCAAUUCGAAAACUGUAAUUGGUUCGACCCCUCCCGUGCCAAGUGCAUCUUCAAUUAAACCUUUGAACAAACCCAUACUUGGAAAUUUAGACAGUGGUGGUAUGGUGAAACGUGUUGUUGGUAGCAUCACUUCUUCUUCUGCUCGACCAGUCGUGUCAUCCACACCAACGGGCACGAGAGGGAGAGGAGUGUCCUCCCGACGCAGGAAAAGGAAACGUAUCUAUUCGACGAAUAAACUGCAAGGAACACAUAACACUUCAAGCAAUAGCGUUUCUGCAAAAAGUGCACCAGUAAUUAAACCCUCAAAGCUGAUUUCUUCUUCCUCCACCGCUGGAACAACAACAUAUUCAUCAUCAGCUUCAACAGGAAUACCUGCAGUACUACCCACUCCACCUACGACGAUGUACAGGACAAGGACAGUCGUGAAAGCAUCGCUAGCAGCAGAAAACCAAAAAGCGUUGGAGGCUCAAAAUCGUAAUAAAGCACGAGAAGAAACCUCCUCCAUUAAGCUCAACAAUAGUAAUAAACCAAUUAAAGAUAUUCAACGAGGACCUAUUCAUACGACUUUUGGUGUUGGACGUCCUUGGAAGCGCCAUAGUCGAAAGUUAUCGACAGCGGAGCAACUAGAACAGACGAAGAAGGAUCGAUGUAUCGACCUGGAAUCGCCACGGUCAAUUUUGACUCAAAUUAAUCCACUUCACAAGGUCAUGACAAUCGGGACAUUUUCCUCGCUGCCACAGCUUUAUCAAUAUCAGUUGCUCCAACUCCUACCAGAAGUGGAUCGUGAGAAAGGAGAGGAUGGUUCGUUGCGCCUUCGUGAUUCUGCUUUGAACAACGAAUUUUUCAAAAAAGCAUGUCAGCAAUGGAGGCAAAUGCUGAGCGACGGAGAAUUUACGCCGGACCAACGAUACAAAAAUCGUCUCGAUGCUGAAAAGGAUAAAACCAAGUUGGACCCAUGGAAGGUUAAACAUUUUGAACCAAUCUGGGGGCACAAAAUUCUGGCCCUUGGCUCUACUACUGAGGAAAGCUCAACUGCCACAAGUAGUAUGGCAAACAACUGCUUGGCCCCUCCCAGCAAGCCUUCUGUAUAUAAUCUGAGACGAUCUCCAUUACGGUCUCCAACCUGCUCCUCAUCCGUGGAAUUGUCACCAAUGGAUGUGGUGGGACCUGUGGCUGAUCAAAAGGAAAAUAAACAGAAAUCUCAACAAGAGAAAUUGUUCCACAAGUUUGAAUUGGACGAUGAUUACUCUGAGGACGAAGAUGACGAUGAAAAUGACGCUGAUUUUGAUGCAAAUAAUGAAGCAACUUGUUCGGAAGGAGAAUAUGAAGAUGAUCAGGAAAUGUCGUCUGCCCGAACGACUGGAUUGCUGGUUCAGAGGUCACGCUCACCCAUUGCGUCAUCUCUUCAAGAGCGUAAUUUAGUUAGAAAUAGGAAAAGGAGUGGGGUCGAAGAAGUUCAGAUUGACAUGGAUGAGUCGAAAAAGAUCAAAGUAGCUCCUCCGAAACUAUCUCCAAUUGAAGAAGUCCAAAAUAAACUUGGAGAUGUUUCCAUCAAAUUAGUUCCUAGUCCCAGGAAACAAGAGGAGAAAAUUCUAUCCAGCAAGAUCAAGCCAGCAAUUGAAAUAUCUGAAAUUGGGAACAGAACGAGAAUGUCUGAUUUGACCACAAUUACCAAUACCAGUUCAAUGGUAAAAUCGGAAAUUCAUCAUCACGGAUCUUCUUCCUCCGAAUCGCCGAAACCAUCAUCAUCAUCAUGUGCUCAACUUCAAGUUUCUCCAGAUUGUGAUAAACAAGUUCACAUCGCUCUAGUUCAUAAUGCAGAACAGAACGUGAAGAGGGCAGAGACACCCAGUUGCAUUGACAUGCCUUCAAUCAUUGAAAAUGCACCAGCAGACUUAAAAAUUACCCCUAGUGACAUAGUGGGAGGCAUCCAGUUCCAGUUGUCUCCACUUCAGCUUCCAGAGCAACAACCACCGACACCGACCAGCACUGUGUCGUCCCUUAGCAAUACACCCACUACUUCCACGAGCACUAGGAGGCUACGUACCGUAACGAGCACUGCGCCCAAAAAAGAUGUUGCCAUUGAAGUGGAUAUGCCAGAAAUUAAUAAGACAUCAGAAGCAACAACAGUAUCAACAUCUUCACUUGAAGUCCAACACCUCCCAGCAAAUUCCACUCAAAUCACGUCGUCAUCAUUAUCAUCAUCAUGUCCCUCAAUUGUUUCUGUACCUGUGGGAACGGGUGCAACUUUGACGCUUAUUCAUCCAAAUUCGAAUAAUUUGUCGUCAAUUUCAACAGAGAGUGGAAAUACACAACUUCGAGACUCGCUGAGAGAUUCAAAGGCAGUUGAUGUAACGACUACGACGACGACAACGAUGAAUCAUUCUAUACACAAAGCGGGAAGUAGUGAUUCCAAAAACUGCUUAUUGAUACCUCCUGAAAUACAAUGCAUCCUUCCAGCCACACUCACCGUCGUCCCGUCGGAUGUACAAAGAUUCGUGUCAUCAUCGCCAAUGAAAUUAGUUUCGAUUACUUCAGGAUUGGCCUCCCCAACUUAUUCAAAAUCUCAAUCUCCGUCACCCACACAUACGUUGCUCAGAACCCGCAACACCUCACCCCACUAUAGUUGUACAAAGCCUGGCACCAUGACCCUCUCUGGUGGUGAUGUCACAAUCAUUCCUAAUGUAAUCGUGACGACGGCAGACUUGAAACCUGGCCUAGAGAAGAGUUCAGCUAACCAACCAAAACGGAUCCUGGCGACGACGACAACAACAACCUCCACAAAGCUAGAGCCCAUACCCAUUGCAUCGUUGCCGUCCAUCACAUGUUCCACAUUACCACUGGCUACGACAACCACAUAUGUAGUCUCGGAGAUGAAAACUGAGGACAUGAAAGCGGAAGACAUAGUAGAAACGAUUUACUCGGUUGAGUUAGCUCCAUCUUCCUGCUCCGAAGAUAAUAGUACCACCGAGCCGAACAAUGAUCUAAAGUCGAGACCAACUAAUCCUGCUGAUGGAGAUGAAGCCAAGAAAGUGUACGAGAUCAAAACGGACAUUGCACCACAACCACCUCCGCCAACAACUACUACUCACCAAAGCCCGAACAUGUCUACCACACCUGCUACUUUUGCACUGUCUACUAAAUCUGAACCAUUGACCUACACUUUAAGUAGCAAAGCGGAGAAAGAAAACUGUUUAAUUGUUGAAGAAAGGCCUCCUCCACCACCUAUAUUCGUGUCUAUUGUUAAUAAGUCCAUUGCACCAUCUGCCCCCAUUUCUUCAUCACUUGUGCAUCCUUCCUCCAAGUCACAAGUUGUACUUACAACGACCGUGCAAACACAUCCACAAAUUGUGCAAGCAGUUCCCAGUUCUUCGCCGCAAGUUCACUUACAAUCUUCUUCUACAACUACCACGUCUCCUCCUCCUCCAAUUACAAACACAACUUGUACUACACUUCCUGUAGCAUUAUCAUCAUCAUCCCAGCAAAACGUGAUAACAGUCUCCUCUGCUACUGAUAUUUCAAACUCCACUACGACUCUAAUCUCUACCAAUGGGUCCCCAGUAGUGACUUGCACGGGGUCCUCUCAACCGACGCCUGGUCCUAACCAAAUAGUUGAUAGCAACGCAUCUCAGGAAUCUGGCAGUAAUAGCAAAAAUCAAAAGUCCCGUCCAAAAUCAAGUAAUAAGGUAUGUGAAGUCAAUCCCAGUCGGACCUGUUCGUCGCCAAGCUUUUCAUCUUCUUCUACUCCUCCUCCUCCUUCUUCUACUACUACCACCACUUGUACUUCUAGUGCUCCAAACAAACAAGCGUCUUCUUCUUCUUCUCCUGCUACUCAUGAAGCUAACAAAGUGCCUCGACCAAUUUCAGCAUCUCAUCCACCUGGGCAAAUUAAUUUGGAGCGGUCAUACCAGAUUUGUCGAGCCGUGAUUCAAAAUAGCCCGAAUAGAGAUCAGUUGCAACAUCAGCUUGUAAAGCCACCUCCGGUGCCGACCAAGGUUCAGCAGCAGCAACAAGCUCAACAAUUCCGAAUGAUUCAAGGGCAAUGUUUGACUCAAGUAGGAGAUGGAGGACAAGUGAUUCAGGUUCAUCAGCGAAGAUCCUCCACACCAACACUGUUGUCAGGAUCGUCUCUCCCUAUCCAACUGAGUGGCGUGGGACCACAUCAGAAACUGAUUUUGACCCAAUUCACUAACCCCCAGUCUCCCGGAGGAACUACUAUAACUGGAACCCCUCAGCAAAUUGCAAUUGCACACGCACCAGGUGUAAAUAAUGCAAUGCAGCAACAGCAACAACAACACACACUAUCUGGUCAAACCAUUCCCCUCAUCAGACCUGUACAACCUGGUGGAACUCCAAUAAUUGUUCGCGGACAAAAUCACACCUUUGUGCCGCAGCAAAGUGCAAGCACCACAAUAAUUACACCCCAACAAUUGGCUAUGCUCAUACAACAGCAGCAUCAAAUCCAUCAGCAACCUGCACAACCACCUCCCAUCACCUCCCCCCAACAAGUCCACCAGCAUCAGCGAACACCGCAACAGCAGCAGCAAACUAUUCAAUUGCCUGCCACCUUUGUCAAUGUGAACCAAUUGGGUCGUCCAUUGGUGUCACAGCCUAGUCGGCCCAACAGUGCUUCCAGUGUUCUCAUCACCACUUCCUCUUCUUCCAUUACUAAUAAUCCUGUGACCACUACAUUCACCACCACUAAUUGCAAUAAUAAUAAUACUAAAGCUAGCGUUGUUGGUGGCAGUUCAUCAACAAUGACGACUCACAAGCAGCUUUUGAUUCCUCCUUCCCCUCGAGACCAAUUUCAUCGUCAGACCUUUACCAUCCCGGUCAGCUCACAGUCGUCAUCACCACCCGUGAUUAGGCAUCAGUUAGUCCACAUACAAAACCAGCAACUUGUCAGCGUUGGUAGCAACCAGAAUCCAUCGAGUCCCAGCAAUAGUAGUAGUGGUGGCAAUAGUGGUUCGAACAACUAUCCGGUUCGAGCUCAAAUUGUAACGAGCAACGGAGACACCAUAACGAUUCAUCGAGCUGCCACACCCCCGACAAGUAAUGUCAACAAUGUGAGACUUACGACUGCACGACCGGUUACCUACAGCUACGCCACCACCAACAACGGUGGUGGUGGUGGAAAUGUUACCGCAGGUCAGCAAGCGAUCGCAAUGGGCAAUGGUAAGCGUCUCCAAGGAGCAGCCAAUUUUAUAACAAUCAGUGGAAAUAGUACCACCAGGAUGGCGAGUCCUGCGACAGGAGGAAGCAGUGGUGGUGGUGGUGGACAGAUUCAAUUAGUUUCUACCCAGAGGGGAAAAUCGCAGCAACAGGUUGUGGGAGUUCCUGGUCAGAUAAAUUUAGGGGGGACGCAACCCUCUGCACCAAAGCAAGGUAUCCGGCUGGUUAGCGUGGACCAGGCGUCAAUGUCGUCAACACAAGCAGAUAUUGUGGGAGAGUUAAUUGAUGGGACGUCACUUUUGGGAGGAGGAGGAUCCUCUUCGUCGAACUCGAUUUCUAAUCUUGCCGAGUUUAUAACCAACCAAUUAGCCGCGUCCAACAUCAGAUCCAUCUCCCCACUUACCUUUGAUCAGCAAAACACCACCCCUGUGGUCAAACUAUCAAGUGCGGAAGUGAGGAAUAGUAGCUCUCCUCACCACCAGCAGACCUUAUCUAGCACCAAUAUCGUCGACGCUACUCAACAGCAACAGCACCAAGGCUUCAUGAUCAUCUCCCCCACCGUUGCAAGUAACUCGAACUCUUCGACAUUCACUACCACCACAGCGACGACGGCAAACGCAGUGAACAGCAAUGUGAUUAGUUCGAGCAGUGGAAGGUCUGGUGGGACACAGUUGCAACAGUCACUAAUGUCCGACUUCUUGAAUUGUAACACCCCCACCGAAAUAAUUAUGGAUUUUCAUGACGCCCUGGGUACUGGGAUGGAUAGUCCUUACAGCCUCAUUUCUGAGUCAGACUCUCAAGCCAUUGCCGACAUGAUUGACCUUCCUUCGACCCAAGACGCCACUACAAUUGUAGUGACAUCCUCUGCCCCAUUCCUAAUGGGAGAAAGCUCUCUCAUCAACUCUGCACCUCGUACUAGCACUAGCAAUAAUACUAAUAAUAAACGAGAACAGCCUCGCAUUUGGACCACUGCGCAAAGUGUUGUUGGCGGUCAGAAACAGCAACAGGAAGUUAUAGUUGUGAGUCAGGGGUAUUCCCUCAAGCCUUGCAACCCUACUUUCUCCUCCUCCUCCCACUCAUUCCACCCGCUUCAAACCAGCAAUGGCAACAGUAGCUUGGUGACCAUGCCCCCAGUGUCGUCCACCCCAUCACAUAGUACUCGUAAUGUCGGUAACAACAGCAACUUGGCUCGCCUAGCUACUACCACCUCUUCAUCCCCCCUUGCUGUUCCUAGUGGGGGCAGCAUUGAUUGCAAUAAUGCAAGUCUGAUGUUCCAGACUGGUGCUAACAAUAAUAAUCCCACGACCUCGCCCUCACGGUUAACGAGUGGUGGGGGUAGACCUCCUUCCUUGCCCAACACGGUAACAAUGCUACCACUUCAAGGAAGCUCGUCGUGCUCGGUGGACUCGUCUGGUGUUCGACAACAGCAGUACAUAAUUGUGCAGACGACGGGGAAUAAUGGGAUGCCGACGAAUCUCGCCGUUCCAGCCUUAAACAUAAACAGCAUUAUGGGGCAACUCAUCCUGAGCAAUGACCAGAGUGGGAUGAACAAGGUACCUCCAGCCCGAGCGUCCAGUGCUCCGCCUCCCAUUCAAGGCCAAGGAAAUCAAAUUAUUAUAAAUGCCCAAAAUCAUCAACAACAAAAUGUAAAUGCAAAUGGGCCUACGACACCCUCCACUUCUUCAUCAACUCCAGUGGAUGCCUCAAAUAUCAUUCAACUUGGUCAACACCAUAGAGUCAUUAAUGUGACUUCGUCGAAUGGUGGGGGGAAUAGUAGCAAGCAGACCAUGUCAAUUCCCACGUUGGAAAUCCAAGAGGGUGGAGGUGUACGGGUCGUGUACAGUGGUCAAAGUUCUAUACAACACGUGGCUACUGUAAACAAUAGCGGGACGACGACGAUGGCACAACAUCAACAACAACAAGUACAACAGAGGAGUUAUACCCUUACGCAAAAUGUGAAUCGGACAUCUCAAAUUUCAUCGACCACAACUCAACAAGGAGGAGGGGGAGGCCAAUUCUCUUUGUCUGGGAUUGAUGGUUCGUCUUCACAGCAACAAAUUAGUUCAUCUGGUCUUCAAAUUCAACAGCAGGGGUCCACCCUUUCAUUUCCCAACGUCAAUUUAAACUCGUUAAAUCUAAACGGAAAUCAAAAUAUUGUUCAAGUUCAAGUUUCCCAAGCCCCAACGAUUGUUCAUCAGCAAACAAUAAAUCAAGUACUAAACGUUACAGCACAAUCGCCAAAUAACAAUAACCAUGCUCGUCAAAUCAGUUCUACGUGGUCUGGGGGUACUAAUGGUCCAAAUUCUUCUUCGGGACAACUCAUCAACCUCAAUUUGAAUGGAGUUGCACCUGCACGAAUUAUUACGACGACUACACAGCCAGGUCAACAUCCCGUAAUUAGCAUACCUGACACGACACAAGGUGGUGGGAUCAGCGUAGAAGGGGGUGGCGACGUAUCUGGACUUUUGGGGGGACAAGAAUUUGACAUUUUCCGUGCAAUUGAAGGAAUGAAUGUUAAAAUGAGUGGAAGUAACGUUAGUGGUGGUGGUGGUGGAGUAGUGAUAAACAAUGUUGGGAACCUCGUGUUGAACGAUGGGAGUGGAGUUCGAAAUAUGAUGAUUGGGAGUAGUAACAAUUCCAACUCUUCGCCGAUGGUUGGUUUGCCAAGAAGCGAGAACAAUUCAGAAUUCAACGGAGUUGUUGAGGAAGUCGGUCAAAUAAUUAUGGACUCUGGUGGAAACUGUGUUUGUGACCUACGGGCUAUGAUUAUGUGUCGAAAAUGUGGUCGGUUUUGUCACGACGAUUGCAUUGGUCCUUCUGAUUUGUGUUUGACAUGUCUGAUACGAUAAUUCACCAUGUGUAACUAUAUUAUGACAACGUUAAAACUUUUGUAAUAUUCUUUAGCCAUGUUGAGUUGAAAUGAGGAGACGCUGUUUUUUCAACUUGAGUCAUUUAUUGAGCUAAUAUAAUCACUAAUCUUCAUCAGCAUACAUGCAUAAAUCCGAGUAGUACUCAAUCAAAUGUGUCAUUAUUUUUAUCGGUUUGCACACAAGACUGUUUAUUUUCAUAAAUUGUAACUUAAUCCGUUCUCACGUUGGGGAGGUUUCUUUUUUAUUGACGGGUGUGAUUUUUAAGCUUUGUGUGCGUACACUAAUUUCUUUAUUUUUUAUAUUUGUCCACCUCGCCACCUCUGAUGCACAAUAUGACAGUGUACUAAUUAUUAGUAUGAAUAAUUUUAUGUUUUUUUAGCUAUUAGUGGUAUUUCGUUUUUGACGCCAAUUUACCUGUGAAUAUGGAUGAAGAUAAUAUAAUUACUAGAUAAGAACUUGUCCCACCCGGUAAAAUACUUUUAUGAACGACGCGCACUUGUUCCUUCUUAUAUAUGACAUACAAAUAUAUUUCAAGCCCAGUGCAUUGUUUGUGUUUAUUUAAAAUAACUUUCAGUAUUACUAAACUACACAUGCUAGCAUUGUCCCGUGUUUAAUAUUAUAACCAAAAUGACGAAUCCUGUCUCAAUUAGUAUUAAAUUAAGCAGCAACACAUUAUUAUAAUUUUUGUAUCCUCAUCAUUAUCAUUCUUUUAUUGGUUUUGUAUAUACAGAUAUAAAGUCUCUCGUUUCGUUAAAAAAUGUGAUUAUUAUACUUUCGUGGUAAGUAAAAUAUGUCAAAUUCUAAUUAUUUAGUGGUAGUAGUAGUAGCAGUCGUCGGUGGAAAUGAAUACAGAAUUAUAGAAAAGCUAAAAAUGUAAAAUAUAUAAAAUACGCAAAUAAAUUCGCAGCGAGUUUUACAGGAAU